CUGUCAGAAGACAGCAUCUGUCAAAGCCCACAUUUAAACUGCUGCCUGCCUGUGCAGCAGCCGAAGAACUACGGAAUGGAUUUUAUACACCAGAAUUCUGGGUUAAAACAGCUCCAAACCAUUUCUAUUACUGCCUAGCAACAAUGAAGGAAGGAACAGAGGGAAAUCCUAUUACUGAAGACAACUGAAGCACUACGCGCUAGCACUCCCUGCUAACACUACCAUUAGAAAUAUGGAUACUGGGGAGAGGAGAACACAGCACUGCAUUGUCCGACACGGGAAACACCAGAUGUAAAAAGCUCCGAUGCAUCGGCUGUGAGCGCCAGACAGCCCCGCUCCGAACAGAAACGAGAACUACUGUCCUUUUGUUUGCAGGAUGAACAGAAAGCCCCAAGACAAGGACGACACUUCUAAGCAAGGAAGGUAACACGGCAACGGGCAGACAGAUGGACAGAGUGGAUGCCGAGGGGAGCGAUCGCAGGAAGCAGGGCUGUGGGGGGAUGUGCGCAUGUUCGAGAGCAUCUUUUCUGCUGAAGUGAUGGCGUGCCAAAACUAUUUUCUGUGGGUAUAAUCCUCGCACCAUAAAUGGCCUGACCAAGGAAGAGCGAGCCAUUUGCAGACAAUUGCUCAACAUGAACGAAAGAAAAUGAAUACCAAAGAAUAGCAGUGGAUUGAAAACCAAUCGGAAAAGCAUUUUGCUUGACCAUUGUCUCAUUUCCCAUCAUUGGAUCCUUACAACAUGCUUCAGUGGAGGAGACGACACUGCUGCUUUGCAAAGAUGACCUGGAAUACCAAAAGGUCUCUGUUUCGCACCCACCUCAUGGGCCUGAUCUCCCUGGUGUUUCUGUUUGCUAUGUUUCUGUUCUUUAAUCAUCACGACUGGCUGCCAGGCAGGGCUGGAUUCAGAGAAAAUCCCAUGGCUUACACUAUACGAGGAUUUAGGUCUACAAAAAUCGAGACAAACCACAGCUCGCUAAGAAACAUGUGGAGAGAUGCUGUACCUCAGACACUCAGGCCUCCAACAGUCACCAACCCCAACAACACGGAUCUGUCUCCACAGGGAGUAACUGGUUUGGAAAACACCCUCAGCGCCAAUGGAAGUAUUUACAAUGAGAAGGGUACUGGGCAUCCGACUUCGUAUCAUUUCAAAUACGUCAUCAACGAGCCUGAGAAGUGCCAGGAGAAGACCCCUUUUCUAAUACUGCUCAUAGCUGCAGAGCCAGGCCAGGUGGAAGCCAGACAAGCUAUUCGGCAAACUUGGGGUAACGAAAGCCUGGCACCUGGCAUCCAAAUUGUUCGUAUUUUUUUGUUGGGGUUAAGCAUCAAGAUAAAUGGAUACCUCCAGCGCACCAUCCUUGAGGAAAGCAGACAGUACCACGACAUCAUUCAACAAGAAUACUUAGACACUUACUAUAAUUUAACCAUUAAAACUCUGAUGGGAAUGAACUGGGUUGCAACCUACUGUCCACAUGUUCCAUACGUUAUGAAAACUGAUAGUGAUAUGUUUGUCAAUACCGAUUAUUUAAUACACAAGCUUCUGAAACCAGAACUUCCUCCAAGGCACAAGUAUUUUACAGGUUAUUUAAUGAGAGGUUAUGCACCCAAUAGGAACAAGGAUAGCAAGUGGUAUAUGCCACCUGAUUUGUAUCCAAGUGAACGUUAUCCUGUAUUCUGCUCUGGAACUGGUUAUGUUUUUUCUGGAGAUUUAGCAGAAAAAAUCUUUAAAGUCUCCUUAAGCAUCAGACGUUUACAUUUGGAGGACGUGUACGUGGGGAUCUGUCUGGCCAAGCUGCGGAUUGACCCCAUGCCUCCACCCAACGAGUUUGUCUUCAAUCACUGGCGAGUUUCUUACUCUAGCUGUAAAUAUAGCCACCUUAUUACCUCCCAUCAGUUCCAACCUAGUGAACUGAUCAAAUACUGGAACCACUUACAACAGAAUAAGCACAACGCCUGUGCCAAUGCAGCGAAAGACAAAGCAGGCAGGUACCGCCACCGCAAACUGCACUAGAAGGACGAGGCUCCCUCUGCCCACGUGCAACCUGUAAAUACUGCUGAGUGCAUGUACAGUGAACAUGGAUGAGCUUCAUGGGACAGCCUUCAGUUGAUCCCCAUCACAUAGUGGAGUCUGGAAAUUAUUUUUUUAAGUUGAAAAAAAAAAAGUCUAGUUCUUGAUAACAGUAAUAUUAUGAAAUGAUAACCAAAAGGUUUUCCCAGCAAAUUUGAGUUAAAAAAAAAGAAAAGAUGGUAUUAAGGAUUUUUGUGUUAAUGUGCAAUAAUAAGCAUGCACACUUUGGUGGUACAAUUGCUGAUUUAUGUGCCAAUAAAAUAUAAUGGAGCAUAUUUUCCACACUAAAAUUUUAUUUUAAAAAAUGCAUUCAUAGCUCUAGUUCUCUUCCAUGUAAUGAUCUCUUGUUAUCUAGAAUUGCUAUAAAAUGAAAAAUUAAAAACUAAGUAAAUGCACAAAGGGCAGAUCAGUUUUACUUACAAUUAUUAUACACUACUUUAACGUACAACACAUUUAGCAAUAUCACAAUUUAGCAAGACACUACCAGUGGACUCUAAAGCACUAAGAAAGUACUCCUUGGAAGUAGGCCCAGUUUUGGGAGGUUUGCUUAUUUGGUUAGGAAGGAGGGAUAAAUGAAAUCAAAGUUCAUAAGACUUGCUUUGUACAUCACCUUCAGAAAUGCAAGUGGUGUUCUGGAUGCAACUAAAUUCUCUUCAAAGAGCUGACUAAAAGUCACUUCAUUCUCUAGAAGUCACAGAAUGAGCUCCUAAAGUAACCUUCAUGGAAAUUCAUUCAAUCUGCUAUUAAUUUCCCUACAUAACUUCAAGGUAACUGAAAGGCUGAUCAGAAAUGUAACAUGUAAGUUCAAGUCUUGUAUCAUUCUUGAUGAAAUUCCAUUUUGUCCAAAAAGGGAGAAAACCAAUCAAACAUUUGUUGAUUUUGCUUUUUCCUCCCCUGCCAAAAAACAAGGAUCAGUCAAGUGAAAAUACAUCUGCUAGAGAAAAUUAAGCCACACACCUUACUUUAUAGGUGGGAAAGGCUAGGUCAUAAUAAGAUUGAGAGUUCCAGAUAGCAAUAUGGGCAAGAACAAAAUCCAGGCAAUUUUAAACUCACAACAUGUAACACUGAAAAUAAAUUGUGAGAAGUAGGUUAAAUCUAUUUACAGGUUUCCAGUUUUCUAACAAACAGAACUUUUAAAGCUUACUUUCCAACAGUAUCAAAUUCAGGUUAUUACUGCUUGUCACAGUGCCAGGGUAAGCAAUACCCACCUCUUACUUAGCAGCAAAUGAUAGCACUGCAAUCAGUUUUCUGUUUGACUGGGACUUUUUAAUUGGAUAAAAUACAAAUAUUUGAUGUACUUUUAUUAUUUAAUAAAAUUGAUUAUAUUUAUGGUCUUAA